UGUUUUUUAAUGUGCAAACGUGUGUUGUGAUUUUAACAAUUCUUUAUUUUUUUUAAAUUAAUAAAUUUAAUAAGUAAAUAUGUCAACAAAUAAUUCACGGAAUUUUCGUAUACGUGAACUUGCACGUUUACGAGCAGAAAAAUUUCGUGACGAGCAACGUAAAUUAAGUCAUGAACAGCAGCAUCAAGCAUCACUUAAUAAUAGAACAAUUGAAAAUUGUGAUCUCCAUAAUGUUGAACGAGUAGUCUCACCCGCUGUCAGUGAAAGAGUGUAUGAAGUGCGAUAUAAUGAGGUGCCUGCGAUAAAUAAAUUUGUAUCACCUGAUUUAUAAUUACAAGAAAAUAAUGAAAACUCAAAUAGACAAUUUAGGAAUAGUGUAGAUAUCACAGAUUCUGAGAAUGAUCAUGGAGAGUACAAUGAAGAGGAAAGUAGUUUAGCUGAUAAUACAUUUUCUGAAAGUGAUAGUGAUGGAAAUAAUAUUUCUAGCACAACUUCUGAGGAUGAUAUUGAUGAAAAUAAUAUUGCUCAGUUAAAUGAAAUUGAAAAAAUUCGUCAAUGGACGUUACUGACUCCCCCGAUUUCUUAUGUACGAUUAGAAAAAUUAAUGGAUAUUUUAAGAAUUCGAGUCUAUCCAGACUUACCAAAAACUGCUAGAACUUUUCUGGGUACAACUUGCGGUAAAUAUGAAAUUGAAAAUUUUAGCAAAAAUGAAGAAUUCGUGUACUUUGGAAUUAAAAAAAAUCAAGAAAAUUGUUUAAAUUGUGAAUUACAUGAUACGAAUAAUAUUGAAUUAUUAAUUAAUGUUGACGGUUUACCAUUAUUUAAAUCAAGUUCAAAACAACUAUGGCCGAUACUUUGUAAGGUAUAUGAUAAACUUGAUCGUUAUAAACCAUUCCCGGUAGCUAUUUAUUGUGGAGACUGGAAACCUUCGAGUCUAGAAUUUUUUUUUCAAAAAUUUAUAAAUGAAAUAAAUAUUUUACAAAUGUCCAGAAUUACAGUAGAUAAUCGAUCAUUUAAAGUUUCAAUUGAAGCAUUUAUAUGUGAUAGACCUGCACGAUCACUACUUAAAUGUAUGAUUGGUCAUGGAGGAUAUUAUUCAUGUGAGAGAUGCACAGUCAAAGGUGUGAGAUUUGAAAAUAGAACUAUUUAUCCUCUCAUUGGUGAGAUUGAAGCGAGAACUAAUAUAUCUUUUAGAAACCAAACAAACCCUUAUCAUCACUUAAAUACAUCACCUUUAGUUCGUAUACAACCUGAAAUUGAUUUAGUGCAUCAAUUUGUAUUAGAUUCUAUGCACUUACUUUAUUUAGGUGUAAUGAAAAAAUUGUUAGAGUGUUGGUUAAAAGGCAGUGUUAACAGAGGAUUAAAGAUAGACUACAGACACAGGAGACGGUUAUGUGAAUUAUUAUUGAAGAUUAAGGUGCCAUCGGAAUUUCAACGGAAUACUCGUUCAUUAGAUAACUUUAGUAAAUUUAAAUCAACAGAAUUACAGUUUUUAUUAUUAUAUGCUGGUCCUAUUGUAUUUAAAAAUAUUCUUUCUAGGGUAGUUUAUGAGCAUUUUUUAUUAUUACACGCUGCCUGCAGAAUAUUAUGUUCAAAUGAACUCGCGUUAGAAAAAAUACGAUAUGCAAAAUUUUAUUUAAGUGCAUUUGUAACCAUUGCACCUGCAAUAUAUACAUGGUCAGUUUUAAUUGGUACUAUUCACAAUCUUACCCAUAUUGCAAAUGAUGUAGAGUACAUGCAAUAUUCUUUAUCUAAAAUUUCAAGCUAUCCAUUUGAAAAUUUAUUAGGAAAAAUAAAAAAGUUGUUGAGAAACGGUAAUAAUCCAUUAGCUCAAUUAUGUCGUCGUUUCAAUAAAAUGAAGUCUAGCAUGUGUGAAAAGCCAACAUUACCAAUAAAAAUAAAAAUAUUACAAGUGAAUAAAGAAAGAUCUGGAAGAACAAUUAUCAAACGCUUGGAAUAUAAAGAAGCUUUGCUGACCACUAAACCUCCAAACAAUGCCGUUUUAUUAACUGAUAAUAAAGUUUUCCAAAUACACAAUAUGUAUCAAUCUUCCGGGAAUAAUAUAAAUUCAAUAAAAAUGUGUGGGAUAACAUUAAGAAAAAGGAAAGCCCUUUAUACAUAUCCUUGUAGUUCAAAUAGUUUUCAAAUGUGGAAUGUAAGUGCAAGAAAUGGAGACUUUGAAAUAUAUGACCUCAAAGAUGUUAAAAAAAAUGGUGUGUAUGGAUUUAAGUGAGAACGACAAAGAAAAACUCUGUGUCAUGCCAUUACUCCAUAUGUGUGUUAUAUAUCCUGCCCUUAUAUUAUAACUUAGUUUAUCUAUGUAUAUCUUAUCUAGCUUUCUAAAUUCUUUAAACCCCUUUUUUCUAUAUCCUGUCAUAAAACUGCACUUUAAUAUUUCCCCAGAAAACUACACUUUCCAAAAUUCCCAAAAUCCUCAACUACCUGAUUCGACACAGUUUCACUAACCAAAAAAAAACAGCCUUACGUCACCAAACAACAACCCCUUCUAUCCUGAAUUUCAUCCCAUAAAUACAUCCCAUUUUAAGGAACAUACCCACUCUUUUCUAAGACACCAACCUGUCUACUUGUCUUCUAUUUUCUAAAUCAUACAAUUUUAUAUCAGAACAGCUGUAACCUGUACAAACUAUUAAGUUUUAAUAAACUCGAAGUAGAACUUAAAUUCGUGUUUCAUUGGCUAUACAACAUGUGAUAGACUGUACUAGUAGUAGUGAUGCUGUAUAUAGUGUAUAUAUUUUGUUCGAGAAUAUUAAUAAUUUUGUAAAUGAAAAAAUUUAUUUAACUUUUGGUAAUGAAAGUACUAUAAUUUGAUUAUUAUUAAAAAUGUUGAACAAAUUAUUUU